AACAGUUAUGUACGAAUUGUAUGUCCGGCUUGGGUGUUGAAUACGAGUUUUCAAAGAAAAACUGAAAAUACCCUUUGCUAUAAAUGAAAAAUUUUAGGAUACGUUCUCUUCCAAUAAUUAAUAAACAAACAUGGUGUAUCAUAAUUAUUCUCAAAACCAGUUGACGGUUCACUCUUUUACAUGGUGAUUAGCAGUUAAAAUAUUCACCAUGUCAGCUACUAUGCUUAUGAUUCUCUCCACCCACGUUAACCAAGCCCCCAUUGCAUUUUAUUUUUCUCACCUCAGUGGUACCACAGGAUAGUCAUGCUGUUUUAGCAAAGACAUAAUAGAACCCCCAACAUAAUUCACAUGAAUAAUUCCGUUAGCUAGAGUACUGUACAGGUAUCACAUGCAGAAGAUGAAGCUAACAGCUCUAAAAAAAAUUACCUUUUUUACCUUUCAGUAAAUUCACUCACACUUCACUAUCUACAUAUACAUAUACCUUUUGGGGAGAUCUUCCUUCAUUCACUGACCAAAGUCUUGAGCUCUAUUUUAAACACCAAAGAAACAGAAAAUGAAGUGUGGAAGACAACUUUUGGCAUUGGCAUUUCUUCACCUUGCCUUCUCUUUGCUUCUUUGUUUUGGUGCUUGUCCAGAUGCAAGAAGACAUGGUAAUGGGAGAAACUCCAACCAGAAGGCGAGCAGCGGUGGUGAAAAUACAUGGUGCAUUGCGAAGCCAUCAACAGAGAAUUUGAGGCUCAAUGGCAACAUCAAUUACAGCUGCUCACAAAAAGGAGUGGAUUGCAAGCCAAUCCAACCUGGUGGUACCUGCUACCGCCCCAACACCAUCGUCUCUCAUGCUUCUUACGCCAUGAAUCUCUUCUACAAGGCUGCAGGGAAGAAUAGUUGGAACUGUCAUUUCAAUGGCACUGGCAUUAUCAUUUCAGAGAACCCAUCCAUUGGUAGCUGUAACUAUCCAAUGUGAUGAACGAAAAAUCCCGACAACUGUUGUGGAAGACAUGUUUCUUCAAUGUUUUAUUUUGUUGUGUCCUCUGUUUUAGUUUUGAAAAAUAAUGUACAUGCACCAUAUUAUUUUCAUACUCCCCCAUGGUUAUUGAUAUUGUAUUGGUGUCGAUUAUAUCAAUUAGUACAUUCUAUUUUGUUCUUAAUUAAUAUAAAUAGUUUGAAUUUCA